CGGCCGCGAAGCACAUCUCUAUAUCACGCUGUGUCAUAUGUUUGUCUUAUAUUUCAUCUGGAUGGUGGCGUGAAUUCCUGCGCUGACCAUCGAUUGCCAUCUUCCCAACCAAGCGCUGCCACGCUGUGCAGGAACAAGGGUCGUCGUAGCGUCCCUGGGCUGAUCUCGAAUGGCUUUUUACUUGGCAUUCAUUCGUUGCUUGUGCUUGAUGGCAAUAGCACACUCCAUUGCGAAAUCAAUAGCUCGUUUCAGGAUCAUGCAGAGCACCCUUCACAACGCUCCCAUCCUCCCUUACUCGUUGAGAAAGCCUUGUGGGCAACCACCAUGAGCACACUGAUGCUUCCAGCUUAAUGCUUCCACCUGGUGAGAACCAAGUGGAUUGUACCGACCCGAUCCCCUCGAUGGGCAUUUCCCUGUUUCUUUGUGCAGCUCAGAGGUGUACUUAGAAAUAUCCAGCUUUGAAUGGCCUCCUUGAAGUAUUAUAUUAUUAUAGUAUGCUUAAUAUCCGGUUGCAAUGAUCGUUCGUAGUGGGCUACAGGGAUCGUGUGGGUGGGUGUACGGCUAACCAGCCGGUCGGCUGCCAGAGAUCAAGAGACAGAUAUCCUUGGAUGCAGGCUAGCCGACUAGGUUAUGGGAGUGCAGGAUGAUGCAGCUGCAAUGGUUGGGCUCGGUCAGCUCUACCGAGACAGCGGGGGAAGGUAUCGGCGGAGCCACGAGCCAUUCCGCAGUGUAGCUGGAGACGUCGGGGAUAGGGUAGAAGAAAGCUCAAUGAUGAUAUCCGAAUUUGUCUAAUAGCGACGAGGUUCCAGGACGCAGUCCGCGAGCAAUUCGGAGGGCGCUGCUAAUUGUGAACGGCGCCUUGGCGGUAUAGUGCGAUGAGAGCGGGGUCUGGGCGUUGAAGCUGUAGAGCGUCUGUCCAUCGCAUCAGUAUCAAUCAUGGGUCAGAGUGGCCUUGGAGGGCUGUAUCCUGAAGGCACCGAGUGAAAGGAACGCAGAAAAGGUAGACUUCUUUCAAGACUGUGCAGGACUGCAGGUCCAAGACGCCCUUUGCCCGCCAAGACGCCGCUGCGGAGAAGCAACUCCAACAUCUUAGGCCGACCUGCGUGUCUUCUUCCCCGCAACAGCGCUGGCGAAAUGGCGGCAGUGCCCCAGAGGAUGCUGGGCUGGCUUUACAGCGUACUGACGAAGGACCACUAUGAUCCCCGACAGACGUAUCAUGACCCCAACCGCACCUACUACGAUGUUGCCAGCGCCCUUGCUCAAUAUCCGUCUCUGUUGCCUCGCACUGAUGUCUACACUUUCGAGAAUGGGUUCUCUGCCCUCCUGCUGCGCCUAGUCGGGACACUUCCUGUUGCCUUUCGCGGUACCGUCUACAAUUUCCCUGUGUCGCUCUGGAUUCCAAACGUCUAUCCUCUCGAGCCACCCAUUGUCUACGUGACCCCUGCUCAGGAUAUGGUGGUCAGAGUCGGGCAACAUGUGACGUUGGAAGGGAGGGUGUACCAUCACUAUCUAGCCCACUGGGCUGAAGCCUGGGAUAAAUCGUCAAUAACUGACUUCCUGUCCAUACUUCGUGAAGUAUUUGCAAAAGAACCACCGGUUAGGUACAAGCAGUCACAGAUACAAAGACCUCAACAGCCAGUACAGGUGCAGGCACCACCACCCUUACCUCCUUUACCGCCAGAACUCAGCUCGACAAAUCCAACGCUCUCUCCAAGGGCCUCGCAGACGCCGCCCCGAUCACCUCAACCACCCCCACCACCUCCGAAACCAGGACAAGAGCUAUCUGUCGAACAGCCUCGCCCAACUGUUCGAGGCCCUGACAAAUCGCCUCCUCCGUUACCACCUCUGCCUCCUAAGAAGCAGGCUUAUGGACAGCCAUCCCUUCAGCAUCAUGCAACCCCAGAUAUGUCUGGUAACAGAAUGUCGCAAUAUCUUCCCGAGAGGACGAGCAAUAUGAGCGGGACCAUGAGUCCGCCGCAUUGGCCGCCCCAGCAACAGCAGCCGGCGGUCCAUCCUGCACCGGCUUAUUCACAAGGACCGGUCUAUCGUGGUCGAGGGCCCGCAGCACCUGCCAGCCCUGUAGCAAACUCCCCGAGUGGCCCCUCUACUGCAGCUUACGGGCCUGAACAAGCCCUCCAAAGCUCUCUAGUACAACAGUUUCCUGGUUCCUACCAGAAGUUUCAGCAGACACAUGCGCAAUACCAGCAGUCACAACCUCAGCAAACCCCUCAACCGUUACAAAAUGAACAACGACUCCUUGCUCAACAACCAGCGGCAACGCACAGAGCAGAGACUCCGGAUCUUCUCACUUCACCAUUCGAACUUGAACUCCCUUCGUUCGCUCCAUCCGGCCCAGUUCCGCCAAUUCCACCUAACCCAGAGAAAGACGCGCUCCUGCAUGCAAUUUCAAAGACCUUGGCAGAAACGCUACAGUCCAAUGCCUCACAAUCAAAAUCUGCCGCCCAAUCUCUACUCUCACAAUCCCAAUCUCUUCAAGCGGCGGCGGUUACCUUGCAAGGCGAAAUCGCGACCAUGGACAAUCUGAAGUCUACUCUCCAAUCAAACACAGCCAUAUUGCAAGAGUCCCUUCGCCGUGCGGACACCGUGAUUGCAGAUGCGCAGGUUCGGAUCUCCUCUCCCAUCCCUCUAACCGCUGGUGCAGAGUCAUCAGCCGCAGCCACCGAUGGCCGACGAGGCGGCCUUCCCCCGAUCGACGAUGUCCUAGUCGCACCCACCGUGGUAGGCAAGCAGCUCUAUGACCUUGUCGCGGAAGAAUAUGGUAUCGAACAGGCUAUUUACGCCCUACAAUCAGCUCUCGUGAAAGGUGUGAUCGGGGUGGACACCUGGUCGCGUCAUACAAGGGGCCUUGCACGAGAGGCGUUCCUCAAACGUGCACUUAUUCGGAAGAUUGGGAAGGGAAUGGGUCUGGAGGAGAGUAGCUAAGACAUAUAUACGAGAGAACAUGCAGCUAGUUAUGAGGUAGUAUGUCUUGCUGUUGUAAAAAGAGGACCCGUGAAUUACCGUAUGAGGUUAGUUUUGCCUUUCUGGGUUUGGCAUCUAAUACGCCAGCCUCCCCUCAGUCGCGCCGACAUGAAAGACCCGACCUCGCCCUGCUUGACCUCCCAUUCUCUUUUCUUCCUCCUUCCCCUUCAUUCUGUGGAAGGACCGGAUGGCGGUGACGGCGUGAAGAGGCCAUCGAUAUACGGCUGAAGCUAAAUACGUAGUGAGAGGGAAUGUACGGUCCUUAUUGACCAAGAACUAAUCGCUGGCCCCGUUACGGUGUUACGAUGUGUCAAUGAUGGUCGGAGGGAGGGCCUAGAUUGGUUGACCUCUCCAUGCUAGGAGCGACCUAGCUAGAGACAAUACAAGCAUAGAUCGACUCCAAUAUAUAUAGCUUAGCAUAGGCUGAUUUAGCCGUUCACUGUAUCUCAAGC